GACUCGCUUUAUGUCUGGUUGGUUAACUGAGUAACGCUAGCUGUCAUCUAGCUAAAAAUGGGACUGUCAAGUAAUUCGUGAGAGUUUGAAUUGUCGUAGGUAGUAUUUUCCUUUAUUUCUAAGAACUAUAGACAGUUACAUUAUGGUUGCAAUAAACCCAGUUGUGCACAAAAUUUUAAGUUAUGUUCCUUUUCUUCUUGUUUUGAUUGACCUGCGAUACGAAGGUAAGCCUUCUCAGACAAUGGAUUUCAACCUAUGUUUUAUUACAGGGGUAUGUGGCAAGGAUGGAAGUUUGGAGAACCAUUUGGAGAUGGGGAAGAAACUCCUUGCUGCUGGACAGCUGGCUGAUGCACUCUCUCAUUUCCAUGCUGCUAUUGAUGGGGAUCCAAAGAACUACAUGGCCUACUACAGGAGAGCGACAGUCUACCUGGCCAUGGGCAAAUCUAAAUCUGCUCUGCCGGAUCUGAGCAAAGUCAUUGAACUCAAACCAGACUUCACAUCGGCAAGACUUCAGAGAGGCAAUCUACUCCUGAAGCAGGGGAGACUAGAUGAAGCAGAGAGCGACUUUAAGAAAGUUCUCAAUUCGAACCCUAGUGACAAAGAUGAGAAGGAGGCCCAAAGUCGUCUCAAGAAAUCUGAUGAAAUCCAGAGGUGGGUGACUCAGUCACGGGCUAACUUUGACCGCAAGGAUUACAUCACCGCUGCUGCCCAACUGGACCUAAUUAUUGAAACGUGUGUGUGGGACGUCAGCUCUAGAGAGCUGCGGGCAGAGUGCUUCAUCCAGAUGGGAGAGAUGGGCAAGGCCAUCAGUGACCUGACGGCUGCCUCCAAACUGAAGAGUGACAACACCCAGGCCUUCUACAAACUCAGCACCAUCUACUACCACCUGGGUGACCACGAAAUGUCCCUCAAUGAGGUUCGAGAAUGUCUGAAGCUGGACCCAGACCAUGAACAGUGUUACAGCCACUACAAACAAGUCAAGAAGCUCAACAAACACAUCCAGUCUGCAGAGGAGUUGAUCCAGCAGCAGAGGUAUGGAGAUGCAGUGAGUAAAUACGAGUCCGUGAUUAAGACUGAGCCAAAUGUUCCCCAGUACUCGCACCAUGCAAAGGAGCGCAUCUGCCACUGUCUGGCACAGGAGCAGCAGGAUGUAAGCAGAGCCAUCACAGUGUGCAGUGAGGUCCUUCAGUCUGACCCUCAGAAUGUGAAUGUGUUGAAGGACAGAGCAGAGGCCUACCUACUGGAUGAACAGUACGAGGAAGCUAUCAAGGACUAUGAGACUGCCCGCGAGCACAGUGAGAAUGACCGGCAGAUCAAGGAAGGGCUUGAGAAAGCACAGCGCCUCCUCAAACAGUCCCAGAAGAGAGACUACUACAAGAUCCUGGGCAUUAAGAGGACUGCCCAGAAGAAGGAGAUCGUAAAGGCCUACAGGAAGCAGGCCCAGCAGUGGCACCCAGACAACUUCCAGGAUCCUGUGGAGAAGAAGAAGGCAGAGAAGAAGUUCAUUGACAUUGUUCAGGCCAAGGAAGUGCUCACUGAUCCAGAGAUGAGGCAGAAGUUUGACAAUGGCGAGGACCCCAUGGACCCAGAGAGCCAGCAGGGUGGACACCAUCAGAACUUUCACAGUGGUUUCCAGGGCUUUAACCCCUUCAGCUCCGGACAGUUCAACUUCAAAUUCAACUACCAGUGAGCCUUAAGAGAGGAGCUUCUGGGCAUUCAUCCAGUAUGGUUGUAGCUUAACCUCUCUCUCGUUCAGGGAGAGCACAAUUACCUUCAUGAUGACAUGUCUGAGACAACUUGUACAGAUUAAAGAUGUCUUUUCUGUUGAAUGAUAUGUUUUUGGAGCUACAUUCUCUGAUGCGACUUUUUAACAUUUUUAAUCUUUGCAGCAACUCCCAUCUUCAAUUUGAGUUCUGGGUUAAUUCCAAAGCGACUACACCUUUUGUGGUGUACACUGAAAAUUGGUAUCCAUUCCUAAUGUGUACAUAGAUACAGUACUAUUUUUAUAUGAAUGGAGUCAUUGCGAAUUGUAAAUAAAGAUCUAUUUAUGCUUAUAGUA